AUGGUUUCGGGAGCGUUGCGCCAGACGCUACUGCUCCCGCAACGGAGCGCUACCACGCUGGGACUCAGCGCCAGCCAGAGGUCCGCGCCGACCCUGUUCCGCGAUGUGGUGGCAGCCCAGCCCGGCCGGGCCUUGACCUCUGUGCGGUCAUUCUCAUCCUCCUCUACCAGCUUCUCGUCGACUCGUUUUCUCAAUGCGUCGUCCUCCCCCGCCAUUCGGAGCUCCGGGCUUCGACUUCGUCUUGGCGCAGCCCACCUGUCGCAAUCCCCGUGGAGCUCACCCAGCGCGAUUUUGCGAUGCCUGUCCACGGGAAAGGCCCUGCAGCAGGACACCAAGAGCACCUCCGCGACCGAGGUUGCAGCCGCGGCGAAGGGGGUGAAGACUGUAUCCGAGAUAGACACACAAGCCGAGUCAGCCCGCGAGGACCAGGCCGAUGCGGAGAACCAGGGCUUCAAGAGGAGCGCGAAAGCUGAGAAGGCAACACACGUGAACAUGAGUGCGCGGCUGUCCAAGGAAGGCAAGACUCACGGCAAGGGCGGCGGCUGGGCCGAGAUCUGGCGGCUGAUCAAGAUUGCGCGGCCGGAGCUUAGAUGGCUCGGCAUCGCCUUCUUCUUCCUGCUCAUCUCGUCCAGCGUCACCAUGUCGAUCCCCUUCUCGGUCGGCAGGAUCCUGGAUCUGGCCACCAAGGGAGAGGCGGAAGAGGUCCGCCUGUUUGGCCUGACGCUCACCCAGUUUUUCCUGGGUUUCGCCGGCUUCCUGACGCUCGGCGCCAUGGCAAAUUUUGGCAGGAUCAUUCUCCUGCGCAUUGUCGGCGAGCGGGUGGUCGCGAGGCUGCGGUCCCAGCUCUACCGGAGAACGUACACCCAGGACGCCGAGUUCUUUGACGCCAAUAGGGUUGGAGAUCUGAUCUCAAGGCUCAGCUCGGACACUGUGAUUGUCGGCAAGAGCAUCACUCAAAAUGUGUCGGAUGGCAUGCGCUCGCUGGUCAGCGGCGCGGCGGGUUUUGUCGCCAUGGCCUGGUUGAGUCCCAAACUCACCUCGAUCCUGUUGCUCAUGUUCCCGCCCAUCGCGGUUGGAGCAUUCAUCUACGGUCGCGUAAUCAGAAACGUCAGUCGCCAGAUCCAGAAGAACCUGGGUACGCUGACAAAGAUCGCCGAGGAACGUUUGGGAAACAUCAAGACCAGCCAGGCGUUUGCCGGCGAGGUGCAGGAGGUCGCCAGGUAUAACCAUCAAGUCAAGAAGAUCUUUGCCCUCGGACGCAAGGAGUCUAUGAUUGCCGCGACCUUUUUCGGUUCGACCGGAUGGGCUGGCAACAUGACUAUCCUUGCUUUGCUCAUAGUAGGAGGAAAUCUGGUCCGUACUGGCACCAUGUCACUCGGCGACCUGACUUCCUUCAUGAUGUAUACCGCCUUUGCCGGAUCCAGUCUGUUUGGCGUGUCGGGCUUUUACUCUGAGCUGAUGAAGGGUGUUGGUGCUGCCAGCCGUCUAUUCGAGCUGCAAGACAGGCAAGCGUCCAUCCCUUCGACGGUGGGCAAGAAGGUAAAGUCGGCACAAGGACCGAUCAAGUUCUCCAACAUCACCUUUGCCUACCCCACACGCCCAGCCGUGCAGAUCUUCAGGGGCCUCGACUUCGAGAUCCCCUCGGGAAGCAAUGUCUGCAUCGUUGGACCGUCUGGAGGCGGCAAGUCGACGGUGGCCAGCUUGCUUCUGCGCUUCUACAACCCGGACGAGGGCUCCAUCAGCAUCAACGGCGUCGACAUCUCCAAGAUGAACGUCAAGUCGCUCCGCCGGCGCAUCGGCAUGGUCGCGCAGGAGCCCGUGCUCUUCUCGGGCUCGAUCGCCGAGAACAUCGCGUACGGCCGGCCGGACGCCUCCCAGGCCGAGAUCAUCGCCGCGGCGCGCAAGGCCAACUGCCAGUUCAUCGGCGACUUCCCCGAGGGCCUGGAGACGCAGGUCGGGGCGCGCGGCGCUCAGCUGUCGGGCGGGCAGAAGCAGCGCAUCGCCAUCGCGCGGGCGCUGCUCAAGAACCCGGACAUCCUGAUCCUGGACGAGGCGACGUCGGCGCUCGACGCCGAGUCGGAGACGCUGGUCAACGAGGCGCUGGCGGCGCUGCUGCGGGGCUCGGCGACGACCAUCUCCAUCGCGCACCGGCUGUCGACCAUCAAGCGGUCGGACAAGAUCAUCGUGCUCAACAGCGAGGGCCAGGUCGCCGAGACGGGCAGCUACGCCGAGCUCAGCGCCGACAAGGGCAGCGCCUUCAGCCGCCUGAUGGAGUGGCAGAUGAGCGGCGGCGAGGUGUCGUCCGACCACCGGCCCUCGGGCGGCUCGCACAUCACCGAGGCGGAGGAGAUCGAGGAGGAUCUGGAGGAGGAGGAGGACCUCGUCGAGGAAGAGGAGGAGGCGGCUGUCAAGGAGAGGAACGAGACGAAGGCGUAA